AGAUACUACUUCAUACUCUCAAUACUCUCUCUCUCUCUCUCUCUCUCUCAAUGAAACCAUCUAUUGUAUGAUUUGGGGGAGAUGGAUUUGGUUUUGAAUGGUGUUAUCCAGAAUAGGGUUUUUGGUUGUGGUUGGAUCAGCUCAUCAAACUCUUUCUUGAACAAUGGCAGCAGCUACAGGCCAGGCUCAGUUUCCUUGUUGAGAUGUUUGUGCCCACCACCUGUUUGUGGAAAUGCCUCACUGAGUUGCCAUGCUAAGAAGAGGGAGAGGUAUGCCGAACCAGUUGCUAAACCAAAAGAUGAUGAUGGUGAUGAUGAUAAUGUAGAAGAAGAAGAAGAAGAGGAAGAGGGAGGGAUUGAGGAGGAGUUUAUUGAAGAUUUUGAUGAUGAGAUAAUCAUGGAUGAUACGGAGGAUUUUGAAGAUGAUUUCGAGCCCGAUGAUGCAAACCUUUAUGUUGGAGAUGGAGGGGAAGGUGGAGGAAUAUCACUUGCCGGUACAUGGUGGGACAAAGAAGCAUUGGCUAUUGCCGAAGACGUCUCGAAAUCAUUUGGAGGUGACUUGAAAUUAUACGCUUUCAAAACACUUGCGAACUCUGUCAUCAAAGUGCGCAUUGAAAAGCUUUCUAGUAAGUAUGGUUCUCCGAGUAUGAACGAUAUUGAGGCUUUCUCAUCUGCUUAUCAAUCGCGUCUGGAUGAAGCUGAGCUUGGUAAAAGAAUACCAGAAAAUAUAUCCUUGGAGGUAUCAUCUCCGGGUGUUGAGAGGGUGGUUCGCGUCCCAGAAGAGCUCGAACGGUUCAAGGACCGGCCGAUGUACGUCAAAUAUACGACUACAGAUGCAGCGACAUCUUCGAUUCAAGAAAAUGAUGGUGUGUUCAAACUUAUCUCUUAUGAUAUGGAGUUGUGCCAAUGCAUUUGGGGUGUAGCAGAUGUGAAGAUAAACAGAAAGCAAGCAGGAAAAGGCAGGCCACUGAGCAAGAAACAGCGAGAGUGGCGGCUGCAGACGCCGUUCGAGGAUCUGCGACUUGUUCGACUGUAUUCUGAUUGCUGAGUUAAUUCUCAGUUAUGUUUGACGUGUUCGACGACGAGUAUAUGUUGAUGUAAUGUGUUUUUUCUCUUCUUAGAGUUUCUGAUAGUGAAAGAAAAUAAAGAAAAUAGUGUAUUAUU